AUGGCUAUUGCUCUUCAGACUUCACUUCGAUUCCACCAUAAUUCUGCUUUCUUCCCAAAAAGUAUUUGUCUUUUUCAAAAUUCCCAUCUUCGUCCCUCUUCCCGUUUUUCUUCUGUACGGAAUUGCCCAAUAAUUCGAGCAAGCUCUGCUGUUGCUGUGGAAUCAGAAUUGGGUACUGAAGCCCAAGAUACUUCAGAUGUUGACUUGUUUGCUUGUCCCAUUUGUUAUGAACCACUAAUAAGAAAAGGCCCUUCAGGUUUUAACUUGCCAGCUAUCUAUAGGUCUGGCUUUAAAUGUAGGAAGUGCAACAAGACAUAUUCGAGCAAAAAUAUCUAUCUUGAUCUCACCAUUACUUCUGGGACAAAGGAAUACAGUGAGUUUAUACCAGCUGGAACUGAGCUCUUCAGGAGUCCAUUUGUUUCAUUUGUGUAUGAGAGGGGAUGGCGCCAAAAUUUUAACCGUAGUGGUUUUCCUGGCCCUGAUGAAGAGUUCAACAUGGCUCAGGAGUAUUUUAAAUCAGCAGAGGGUGGAGUCCUUGUGGACAUUAGCUGUGGCAGUGGUUUGUUCUCCAGGAAAUUUGCCAAAUCAGGGGCCUAUUCAAGAGUUGUUGCACUAGAUUUUUCUGAAAAUAUGCUUCGCCAAUGUUAUGACUUCAUAAAAGAUGAUGUCACUAUCUUAGGCUCCAAUCUUGCACUUGUAAGGGCAGAUGUUUCGAGACUUCCCUUUGCAUCUGGUUCAGUUGAUGCCGUUCAUGCUGGUGCAGCUUUGCAUUGCUGGCCUUCUCCUUCUAAUGCGGUCGCUGAAAUCAAUCGUAUAUUGCGAAGUGGUGGUGUAUUUGUGGGAAGUACUUUUCUUCGAGUCAGUUCAUCAACUCCUGCAUUAUUGAGGCCUUUCAGACAGAGGAUCACGAGGGACUACAACUAUUUAACCGAAGAGGAGAUUGAGGACUUGUGUAGAUCUUGUGGUCUUGUCAAUUAUACAAGGACAAUUCAGCAAUCAUUUAUCAUGUUUUCAGCACAGAAACCUUGA